AUGAUAAAAGACACAUUUCAGGCAACGAUGUGUGAGGGACCUUCAUCUAUAUCUGGACCGAUUCCUCCAGAUCCUUCUCUCCUCCCUGAAGUCUACAAACGUCGUCCAAGUUCAGCUCGUGGGCGGAUAGAGGGAAAUCCCUGUGGGGGUCUGCUGUCGGGACCGCUGGCUCCGGACCCGCUGCUGUAUCCAGGCUUCUACUCUGCUCGUGCUCCGGCUCAGCAGCCUCGCAUUGGACCCAACGGCGCUCAUAUUUUGGAAAGAGGGAAAAGAGGAGUCGUGGGCGAGCUCCUCAAGUUCAACGAAGCUGCUUUCAUUUCUGUUCCCAAGCAAAGACAUCAUCAAGACUUUGGCAAAGAAAAUGUGCGACGACUUCGGGAGAUUCAAAAACGGUACCGAGAGCAGCAGGCUGAGACCGCACAGACCUGUCACUCUCCCGUCAAAGCUUUUUCAUCCAAGUAUCUCCACGUUCCCUCCAAAGUGAAGGCACAGCUGCAGGUUCCUCCUUCCCCAAUCAAACCACAGUGUCAAAACUUCCUAAAGGCUCAUGGGGCGUUACAAGCCUCUACCAAAGUUCUGCAGCGUUCAAAUUCAUGUAACUUUACGAAUGACAACAAUCCACAAUUUUUGGUUCAAGGCCAAACUGUAAACUUCAUCAGACACAACGCAAAGUCUGCGGGGAAAACAGCAAUGCGCCGUUCUCAGUCUAUGUCGAGUCUGAAUGAAAAACCUGUUCCCAGCGCUGUUAAAGGACAAGUGCCACAGUACAUCGAAGACAGAAAGGAGCAGUGGAAGAGAGAAGCCGAGGAGCGAAAGAGAAAUGCCCCCGAUCCGUCUGCUCCGGCCGGACACACACUGAUGCCCGAGAGCGAGAGACUGGACACUCUCAAAUCCCUCAAAGAAAGUCACCGGCUGCUGGUGUUAGAGCUGCUCUCGCUCCCGCUCAAAGCCGACGGCCUCAGCGUUCAGACUCGGAAGGCUCAUCUCGACUGCAGACUCUCUGAACUCGAGGAGGCCAUCAAAAUAUUCUCCAGGGACAAAGUCUAUGUGAAGAACAAUUCGUAA